AGCCGUCUGGAAGGGGAGGGGAGCCGUCUGCCUUCCGCUUCUGGGCUGGAUUGACACACAAUGAGGAGCAGAGGCUGGGGAGACGCUCCACAAACGCCGCUGUAAAUAAAUACAACAAUCACUGAGGCCAGAGAAACAUGGAGAACCAGUGCACAGUGCAGGUGAAGCUGGAGUUGGGCCACAGAGCCCAGCUAAGGAAGAAGGUAACAUCAGAAGGCUUCACCCACGACUGGAUGGUGUUUGUCCGAGGGCCAGAGACCGGCGACAUCCAGCACUUUGUAGAGAAGGUUGUCUUCCGCCUGCAUGAGAGCUUCCCCAAACCCAAGAGAGUAUGCAAGGAGCCUCCGUACAAAGUGGAAGAGUCGGGCUACGCAGGCUUCCUCAUGCCUAUUGAGGUCUAUUUCAAGAACAAGGAGGAGCCAAAAAAAGUGUGUUUCAACUAUGACCUAUUUCUCAACUUGGAGGGCAACCCACCAGUAAACCACCUGCGCUGUGAGAAGCUCACGUUCAACAACCCCACCAAAGAAUUCAGGAGAAAGCUGAUCAAAGCUGGAGGGGUAUUGGUGGUUCCAGAGGGGGCUGAAGCCGUGUCGAGGCCCAGUCCAGACUACCCGAUGCUCCCCACCAUCCCUCUCUCUGCCUUCUCAGAUCCCAAGAAGACAAAGACCUCUCAUCUGUCAAAGGAGCCCAGCAAAGAGGGAAGUGGUGGCAGCAGCAAAGGACCCAAACCGCACAAACUGACCAAGGAGCACCGUGAACGGCCCCGAAAAGACUCUGAGAGCAAAGUCACGUCGAAAGGAGACAACGACAGAGAUGGAAGCAAGAGUGGCCGUGAUCCUUCCUCUUCCUCAUCUUCAAAAAAGCCGUCAGAGAUCAAAGUGAAAGAUGAAGUUAAAGUUCUACCCAAGGCUGCCUUCAAGGAGCCUAAACUCACCCUGAAGGAGUCAAAGAUGGAGGGCAUGUCCCCUAAAGGAGGGGGGGCUGGUAGCGGGCCCGCCGAGCCCAAAGCACCAGGGAAACGACCCUCUACUGUCGAGUCUCCCAAACCCAGCGCAAAGAAGCAGAAGAAAGCCAGCUCAGAGGGGCCGAAGGGGCCGACCGUUGUUGCCUUCACAGGAACUUCUCCUCGUGUCUCCUCCUCCUCUGCAGCCAGCCAGCCGUACGCAGAGAAGAAACCCCCCAAAGAAAAAGGUCGCUGGGCCAAAGGCAAAAAUGACACGCAGGAGCCGAAGGAGCCCAAAAAACUUCCAGAGUCGGAAGAGUCGAAUUCAGAGGAUGAAGCAUCGUCUAAGUCAGAGCAGUCUGCUCCUUCCAGUCCUUCCAAUUCCAGUUCGAGCUCUGACUCCAGUUCAGAUUCCGACUUUGAGCCGGGACAGAAACAGGGGCAAGGCCCUCUACGAUCGAUGGUGGAGGAGAUCCAGUCAGAAGAAUCAGAUGAUGACGACAGCAGCUCAGAGGAGGAGACCCCCAUCAAGACCAACCCCCCCAACCGUGACUCUCGACUUAGCCUGGAAAGCGAGAGUGACAGCAGUGACGGCUCGCACAGCCCAAGUCGAGACCCCGCCCCACCCCCGCAGAAACACAGCUCCUCCAAUAACAAAGUUUCAGGCAGAAAGAGUCCAGAUUCCUCGUUUCGCUCAGAGAAGGUGUUGAAGAAGGGAUACGACAAGGCCUACACAGAAGAACUGGUGGACCUCCAUCGCAGACUGAUGGCUUUAAGGGAGCGUAACGUCUUACAGCAGAUUGUGAACCUGAUCGAGGAGACGGGCCACUUCAACGUGACCAACACCACCUUUGACUUUGACCUCUUUUCACUGGACGAGUCCACCGUCCGCAAACUACAGAGCUACCUGGAGGCGACGGCCACGUGACAGGAAGUGGAAACUGGCGUGGGGAAAGCGGCCUGUGGAUGGCGGCGGCGGCGGAGGUAGACUCGCCACCAUGGCUCCUCUUUUUAAGGAGGGGAUGCUCAGCCCCAUCAUGUCGCUGCCGUUUCACAGGCCCGACUGAACCAUCGAACAACUACCACACAAACAGAAACACACGAACAGACACAAGCACACAUGAAGACACACCACGCUCACGGGACUCUGGGAGGAAACUGAAGGAGGUGGUGGAGGAGUUGUGGAAGGGGAGGGUGGAUGAGGAGCGGAGUGGCUGAACUUUGUCUACAGUCAGGAUUUUCACUACACAUCUUUUUUUUUUUUUUUAGUCCGUGCAGAGCUGUGGUAUGCACCCCACACCCCCUCCUUCACCCUCCUGCACUCCCGCCUUUGCAAACCCAAUACUUCCCCUCCUCUUCCUCCCCCUUCACACGCACACUCCUUACUCGGCAGAACACUUCAGUCCCCUUCCCCCUGCUGUCAGCUGGAGCUCAUUUCUCUCCAAACAUACUCUUUGAGGUGGGUGUGUGUGUGGGUGUGGGUGUGUGUGUGUGGGUCUUAAGAGGAGAUGUCGUCUUUGUGGUUACCGACUUCUCUUUGUUCUUGAAGCUCUAGCACAAACAGCCGGUUUUCCUCCUUUACACACACACGGUAAACAAAUACCGAUUCAGGUAAUAAUUGACUUGAACCGCCCCUGUUCAGCAUUUUUAAGCAGAAUAUAAAUGUUGAAUCAAUGGUUUAUAACACACUAUAAUGUAGUCGUAACUAAUCUAAGUAAGUGUACUAUAACUAAUCCUACGUGGAAGUUGGCAUAUAAACUGAUAUGAAUGACAAUAUAGUAAAAUACAAACAUGACAAUUGCUGUACCUUAAUAAACACUUUAAUUAAAUAAAUGUACUUAUAACCCCAUUACAGUGUGUUAUAAAUCUUUACAAGGCUUAGAAAUGCUACAUAGGGAUGGGGGUUACAGUAAAGUGGUACCCAGAUUCAUGCACACGUUUGUCUCCCAGGUCCUUACACUUAACACUGUAUAUGAAGACACUGAGAUGUGUGUGGUAUGUGUGUGUGGGUGACUCUGUUUUGGAUGAGAUUUCUUUGUUGUCUGAACAUUUAAAAACAUGUUCUGUUGAGUUUCCCCUCUACUUCCUCGCACUGAAAGCUGAGCCUUGACCUCCUACCAACAGCCCCCUUCUUCCGACUAAAGCCCCCUCACUCCAUCCCUCCUCUCCUCUAUAUUCUCAUAUUGGCGUGCAUGAAAGGGCUCGACUGCUCGUGGCCAGAGCAGUGGAGGAUCACUCUUGAAUUGCCUUCUAAGUGCUGGGUAGGGUACAGUUGGGAGGGGGGGGUUUAAAAAAGCCGUGAAAAAGUAGCCAUACUUGUCUCCCAGAAUCCAAAAAUAAUAAUAAGAAGAAAAAAAAGGGGCCACGCUUUUUUACAUUUUAUUUUUCUACAAGUGCAUUUUGUGUAUUUAUUCCCAGACUGCGGUCAAGAUAACCUGUGAGCUAUGAAUGUAUAUCGCUUUUACUUUUCUACGGCUAGCGACAGCCCCACUCUAGUGCCUUCUUCUGCGACCGCAGUGUGCGGG